UCGAUGUGAGCCAACUUCACGGCAAUCGAUUUUUUUUAGAAACGUCAAACAAUUGUCAAUUUGAUAUCGAAAAUUUUGUAACUUUUUGAAUUUAAAACGUUUUGGUAAAUUUAUUAGUAAAGAAAAUGAAUUCAACCAACCUUAAGUACAUUGUAAACCUUAAAAGCAAUAGUUUAGAAAUAUUUUAAUGUUUUGGAAGGAUUUUUGAGGCAAAGUGAAAAGGGGUUUGAAGACUAGAUGCCGCGUAGGCGGCGAUUGUUUAAGGGUUGGUGCGAUGCUCAAUUUGGACCAGGAAGUAGGAGCUUGGGAUUCUGUUUUGCUUGAACCUUUAAGCGAAGACUCGUUUAUAUCUAACCUGCAACAACGUUUUAAACGAGAUUAUAUUUACACUUACAUAGGCAAUGUGCUGGUUUCCGUAAAUCCAUACAAAAAAUUAGCUCUUUACUCCACUGAUUUGGCUGCCACUUAUGUUAAAAGAGGACCAUUCCAGCUGCCACCACACAUAUAUGCUAUUGCUGGUUCGGCAUAUAGGUGGCUCAAUGAUAGAAAUGAGGACCAAUGUAUUGUUGUUACAGGGGAGAGUGGUUCUGGGAAAACUGAAGCUGCUCGUAUAGUGUUACAAUUUUUAGUUUUGGUUUCUGGCAACAGUCCAGAAGUUAAACUUGUUAAAGAUCGACUUGUCCAAGCAAGUACAUUACUUGAAUCAUUUGGAAAUGCACGUACUAUGAAAAAUGACAAUGCUUCACGUUUUGGAAAAUUUUUGGAUAUUGAAUUUGAUUUUAAAGGGGAUCCUAUUGGAGGACACUUGACAAAUUUCAAGAGUUACAAAAUUGGCUUCUUGUGACAGAAACUUUCAUAUAUUUUAUCAAUUGUUGUCUGGUGCUGAUAUUCAAUUAUUAAAAUGUUUAAAGCUGCAACGUAAUGUUGAGCUUUACACAAUUUUACAAACUGAAAAAAAUCAAGCAACAUUGACGGAUGAGGAGGAUAGAAGAUUGUUUAUUUAUACAAAGAGUGCGCUGGAAAUUUUAGGAUUUACUGUUAACGAUAUAGUAGAUAUUUUUCGUGUUAUAGCAAUUGUUUUGAAGCUAGGUAAUAUACAGUUUGUGCCUUGUAAUAACAUAGAUGGUACAGAUGGAUGUAACAUACAUAAUGAAUUUGAAUUAUUUGAAAUAUGUGAGUUACUGGGUGCAGAACCACGAUGGUUACAAAGAGCCUUAACAAGCCGUCAAAUAGAGGACGGCAUUCUAACGGACCUAAGCGCAGUUGAUGCGGCAAAAGUGAGGGACGUCGUCUGCAAAACGUUAUACAGCCGUUUGUUUACGUGGCUCAUCUACAAAAUCAACGACGUGAUCAAGGCGAAAACGCUGGGUAAGAAGAAAGUUCUCGGCGUGCUUGAUCUGUACGGGUUCGAGGUGUUCGAUCAAAACGGAUUCGAGCAACUGAUGAUCAACUAUUGCAACGAAAAGUUAAACCAGUUUAUUCUGGCGGCCACAUUGAAAGAAGAACAAGAGGAAAUCGUGAAGGAGGGCCUUGAAUGGACGAAAGUCGAGUUUUUUAAUAACAUACCUAUAUGUCAAUUGUUAGAGCACGAUAAUCACGGCAUAUUGUCGUUGUUGGAAGAACCACACGUCCAAAACGAUGCUGCAUAUCUGACAAGGAUUGAACAAUGUUGCGCCGGUCAUUCGCAUUGUUUAGCAGCAAACGCUACAUUGUCAUCGCAUAGUUUUCAAAUACGCCACUACGCCGGCCAGGUCUCUUACAAGGUGCACGGUUUCCUCGACAAGAACCGCGACUCGUUGCCGCGCGAGGUGUCGCGCGCCCUGUUCCGCUGCGACCACCCCAUGAUGCAGUCGCUGUUUCCCGAAGGCAACCCGAAACGGUGCACCGUCAAGCGACCGAUCUCCAAGUCGGUGCAGCUGCAGGUCAGCCUGAACGCGCUGCUCAAGAGCUUGCCUUCGAGGCAGAGCCACUACAUCCGCUGCCUGAAGCCGAACGAGUCCAAGCAGCCGAGGAUAUUCGAAUUGCCUUUGAUACAGCACCAGGUCCGUUAUUUGGGCCUUAUAGCCACCGUGCAAGUAUGGCGACAGGGCUACUGCUACCGGCUGCCUUACCUGCAGUUCCUCAGCCGCUACAAAAUGAUAUCGGGCGCCACGUGGCCGAGGUGGCGCGGCUCGCCGAUAGAGGGCGUGUCCGUGCUGCUGCGCUCGGUGCCGAUACCGAGCGCCGAGUUCACGUUCGGACGCGCGAAGCUGUUCGUGCGCAGUCCGCGCACCGUGUUCGAGCUGGAGAACUUUCGGCGAAGCAGGCUGCACGAUCUCGCUCUGCUGAUUCAGAAGAUUUGGCGCGGCCACAGGCAGAAGAAGCAGUAUCAGAAGAUCAGGCACAGUCAGAUGGUUAUUUCGUCGGCUUGGAGAAGUUGGAGGAAGAAUUUAGAAUACUGAAGCAUAGAAAACAAGUUGAAUGGGCUGCUAGAGUCAUACAAAGACAUUAUAUACAAUGGAAAAGAAGACAAUACCUUAUGCAACUGUACAGACUGUUGCCGGCCGACGCCGAUUCGCCAAUGUGCCGAGAAUGGCCGAACUCGUGGCCGCAACUCACCGAUUGCAACCACUUGUUGAAGAAGAUACAUCACAGGUGGCGCUGCCACAAGUACCGCCUGAAGUUCGAUCAGACGGCGCGGAACCGGAUGCGCGAGAAAGUCACCGCCAGCUUCAUUUUCAAAGACAGAAAGUGUUCAUAUCCUAGAAGUGUUUCUCAUCCAUUUCUCGGUGACUACGUCCGAUUGCGCCAAAACGUUCAAUGGAAAAAGAUGUGCUUGGAAAGCAAUGACCAAUAUGUAGUGUUUGCAGAUAUUAUUAAUAAGAUUACGAGAUCCAGCGGAAAGUUUGUUCCUAUUCUUUUGGCGAUCUCGACGAGAUCAAUGUUAAUACUGGACCAACGAACGCUUCAAAUCAAAUAUAGAGUGCCGGCCACAGAAAUAUAUAGAAUGUCCCUUUCCCCUUUUCUGGAUGACGUCGCGGUCGUGCACGUUAGAGCAGUGAGUACCAACCUAAAAUUAGUUUUAAACAAUCUAGAUCUAGAGAACAUAGUAAGAGUAAUAAAAAUUAACUUAUUGAUUCAAAGUAAAAAACAUAGCUUACAAAAUAAUUUUCCUUUGUAUUAG